AUGGCUCAGGAUAACCUAACUGCAGUGCUGUACAAGCCAAAAGAUUUGCGUCUCGAACAAACGCAAAUACCAGAAAUUAAUGACGAUGAGGUCCUCCUGCGCAUGGAUUGUGUGGGUAUUUGCGGAUCAGACGUGCACUACUGGCAACACGGCUCCUGCGGUCACUUCGUUCUCAAGAGACCCAUGAUUAUGGGACAUGAGGCGUCAGGUGUUGUCGCUAAGAUCGGCAAUAAAGUAAAGAACCUACAAGUUGGUGACCGCGUUGCGAUAGAGCCAGGAGUUCCUUGUCGCUAUUGCGAGUUCUGCAAAACAGGCCGAUACCACCUGUGUCCGGACAUUCAGUUCUGCGCCACACCUCCAGUCCACGGGAACCUGACCAGAUAUUACAAACAUGCUGCUGAUUUUUGUUAUAAACUCCCAGACCACGUGACAAUGGAAGAAGGUGCACUGUUAGAGCCCUUAUCGGUGGGAAUUCACGCGUGUCGCAGAGGCGGUGUCACGGCUGGCGAUGUGGUUUUAGUUCUGGGAGCUGGCCCGAUUGGUCUCGUCACCAUGUUGGCGGCUAAAGCUAUGGGGGCAAGCAAGAUUCUUAUCACAGAUAUCCUUGAGUCCCGUUUACAAUUUGCAAAGAAAUUGGGUGCUGACUUCACCCUUUUAGUAUCGAAGGAGUCCAGCGAAGCCGACCUCGUAAUGCGGGUUCACGAGUUGCUAGGAGGACAUCCUGAUAUCUCCAUAGAUGCUAGUGGAGUUCAGAGUACAGUCCGACUUUCAUUAUUGGCAACGAAGUCAGGUGGUGCUGUGGUGUUAGUGGGUAUGGGCAACCCGGAGGUUACUUUACCGUUGGCCGGAGCUAUGGCGCGAGAGGUCGACAUACGCGGGAUUUUCAGAUAUGUCAAUGAAUACCCAAUAGCACUUGCCAUGGUGUCCAGCGGACAAAUUAACGUCAAGCCAUUGGUCACUCACCAUUUCUCACUCGAGCAAACCCUGGAGGCAUACGAAGUUGCUCGUCAAGGGACCGGAAUCAAAGUCAUGAUUCACGUAGAACCCAAAGAUAUGAAUAAUCCUAGAAAAUUCUGA